AGUUUCGUCUGUGAAAUUCUAGAAAAAUCAGUUGUUCAGUCUCAGCAAAAAGAGAUUGUAAAUUUAAUAAAAUUGCCAAAUAAAUACUAUUUGCUCUAUUAUAACAAGUUGGUUAAUUUUUAUAAAAUUUCUGCUACAACAGCACCAUGGCGGAACCGGCUCCUCAAAUAAUGAAGCCAAAAAUAAAACACGAUUGGUACCAGACUGAGUCACAGGUUGUGAUCACAGUGUUACUCAAAAAUGCUCCUAAAGACAAAGUGAAAGUAGACUUUGGGGAGCGCAGUUUAUCGCUGUCGAGCCCGCUGCCGGACUCUGAUUCGGAGUUCAGCCUCGAGCUGGAACUAGCUCAUGAGGUGGUGCCCGACAUGUGCUCCAUGGCCAUAUCUCCGUCUAAGAUUGAGGUGAAAUUGCGCAAAAAGGAGGGCCUGAGGUGGGCUCAGUUGGAGGGAGAGGGACAGAAAGAAGAAAAGGUUAAAGCUAUUCCUCAGGCAAUCAUAGACGCUUCCGGACCGCCACCAGCCAAAUGCCCCUCGAUCUUCAGAAAAGACUGGGACAAAAUAGAAAAGGAUAUCAAGAAAAUGGAGGAGGAAGAGAAGCCCGAGGGCGAGGCGGCGCUGAACGCGCUGUUCCAGAAGAUCUACGGCGAGGGCUCCGACGAAGUGAGGAGGGCCAUGAACAAGAGCUUUGUGGAGUCGGGAGGCACGGUGCUCAGCACCAACUGGGACCAGGUGGGCAAAGACAAGGUGGACGCCAAGCCGCCCGACGGACUCGAGUUCAAGAAGUGGACCGAGUAGGGUGGCCGGUUGUCAGUGAGCGAGGCCGAAGUGUAAUUGACUCCCAUCAAUAUGUCACUAUCAUUAGCCUGUUGGGUGUAGCCUAUUUUGGCUAUAGCUUCGUUUUGUGUUAUCUAUUUAUGUUGAAGAAAUGGACUCUGGUAGUGGCGGUUGUCAGUGAGCGAGGCCGAAGAG